AUGGAGUCCGAUACCGAAGACAAGUACCAGCGAUACGCUAACAUCCCUAUUCCCUCGUACGAUGAAGCUGUGGCCGACCGACCUGGAUCAUCGCAAACACUCCGAGGUGCACAGGAAGUGAGCGACGAUGCGGAGAGGCAGGGUCUGCUAGGUGUGAGUGCGAGGGACUCGCAUCGUCAGCCGACAGUGGAGAGUCCGAGGGCGAGUGAGGAUAGCGAUCUCCACCUGCCUGAAGUGGGAGGCGAUGAUGAGCGGAGGCUGGAUAUUGAAGAGCUGGACUAUCUGGACCCAUCUGCGCCGGACCCGGACAAUUUAUAUCACCGUCCAAGAACACGAUCCAAGUUCACGCAGCACCUAUCUUCCCUCGGCGCGACCCUCUCUUCCCUUCGCUUACCUUCUUUUCGAUCUUUAUACACACCCGUACAACCACGAGAUGCCGCCGAUCCCGAGACCAACGAGGAACGACCGCCGACGUCUCGAUUUGCUCGCUUCAUCCCAACGAUACCCACCGUCCCCGAGCAAUACCGCAUGGGAUUGCCCACUGCUGCACGACUUUGUGCCUUAUUCACCAUUGUAAUCGUAAUCUACGUUCUUUUCAUCUUUGACAUAUUCCCCGGUGGCGGCAGGGGACGAUAUCUUGGCCGUGGCUUCAACCCCGAGGCGGUUCGCAUGUUUGUGCAGGACAACGUCGACCCAAGGAAUAUCGAGGAUUACCUCCACCACAUCACGGCGUAUGACCAUGUCGCGGGGACCGAAGGAGACUUGUACAUGGCCGAGUGGAUGCGGGAACGCUGGCUGACGGAAGGAUACUUGGACACGGUGGAGCUGAAAAGCUAUGACGUAUAUUUGAAUUAUCCAACUCAGGAGGGACGGGAGGUCAGCAUUGUGAGUCCUGAAAACAAGCGAUGGACUGCAAUGUUGGAAGAGGAGAGAAUAGAUCUGGGCAAGGUGCAGACGCUGGCAUGGCAUGGACACAGUAAGAGCGGGGAUGUCACAGGACCGCUGGUCUACGSGAAUGGAGGGAGCAGGGACGAUUUCGAAUGGCUGAGGCAGAACAACGUCACGGUGAAGGGCAGUAUCGCGCUGAUGCGGCAAUAUGGCACCCAGGAAGACCUUGGAUUGAAAAUCAAGGCAGCGCAGGAUGCGGGCUGUGAUGGUGCUUUGAUCUACUCCGACCCUAGCGAUGACGGGUCCGGUAGAGGAUCAGUGUGGCCUGAUGGACCGUGGAGACCGGACGAUUCACUCCAACGCGGUGGCGUCGGCCUCACGAGCUGGGUGGUUGGAGAUCCGCUUACUCCAGGCUACGCUAGCACGAAAGACGCACCUAGGAUAGGAAAGGAAGAUAAUCCAGGACUCGUCCAAAUUCCAUCUCUUCCACUUGCCUGGCGCGAUGCCAAAGUCCUUCUCCGCUCCAUACAACACAUGGGCACCCCGGUUCCGGAUUCGUGGAUUGGUGGUGAUGGAGACCUUCCUUUACCUUGGUAUACUGGAGGCUCGGUAGAGAAUGCCCUGAUCGUCCAUCUCAAGAACAUGAAUGACGAGAACGACAAACAACGCAUAUGGAAUCUUCACGGUCGCAUUGAAGGCGUGGAGCAGCCGGAGAAGAGAAUCGUAAUUGGAAAUCACCGUGAUGCAUUCUGUUUCGGAUCCGUUGAUGGGUCAGGUAGUGCCGUAAUGAUGGAGAUUGUGCGAAUCUUCGGCCAACUACUCUACAACAAAUGGCGGCCUCUUCGCACGAUCGAAUUUGUUUCAUGGGAUGCAGGAGGGUACAACUUGAUCGGCAGCACAGAGUACGUCGAGGACAACAUGGACGAUCUUCGCGAAAACGGGGUCGCGUAUAUCAAUGUCGACGUGGGUAUUGGAGGAAGUGCAGAAGAUCUCGACUUCCGCGCUGCAGGCAGCCCAGUUUGGAAAAGAGCCCUCAUGCACGUUCUCGAUCGCGUCGAUGCCCCGGGAAGAAAUGCCAGUCUGAAGGAUAUCUGGGAGACCAAGGGCAGCACUCUUGAAGGACUGGGCGCCGCAUCUGAUUAUGUUGCAUUUCAAGAUAUGGCGGGCACCUCGUCUGUCGACUUUGGGUUCAAGGGUAAACAACAUGGAUAUCCUGAAAAUUCCUGUUACGAAAAUUUCGAGUGGAUGAAGCAGUUUGGAGAUCCGGACUUUCAAUGGCACAGGGCUCUCGCGCAGGUGUGGGCGUUGAUGAUCUUGGAGGUCGCAGAUCAUCCCGUGCUGCCAUUCGAUCUAAAGGCUUACGCGGAUGCACUGAGAGGACCGUACGUCGAUGGAUUGCAGGAGUAUGCCGAGGCUACCUACAAGAAAUCAGGGGGGAAGCGCUCUGGUCUUGCGGAAACAGGAUUUAAUGUUGAUCCUCUAAGGAAAGCGGCUGGGUUUCUGACCGACCGUGCGAUUGAAUUUGUGCAUUUCGAAGACCUCUGGACAACCAACGUGCUCACAUCUGGCGGCUUGGAGAGCACUACAUACGCGCUUCAUCGACUGAAGUACAACAACAUCUUGGCGGAUUUUGAAACCGAUUUGCUAGACCUACCGACAAGUAAGGAUGACAAGGGACCCCACGGCAUGCCGGGCAGGGAGCAAUUUAAGCACGUGGUGUUUGGACCUCAGGCUUGGAGCGGAAACGAUGCUGCAUAUUUCCCUGCCGUGAGGGAUGCAAUAGAAAGGGGUGACUGGAAGGCCGCGCAGGAAUGGAUUGUGAAGAUUGCAGGCAUUCUGGAUAGGGCUGCGGGCAAGCUGCAAUUGGAUUGA